CCUAAUGGAAGUCCAUCUUAGCGACGACGAGAAGUUAUUUCUGAUUACUGGAGCCGAAGCGAACAUUCGGAAUGAUGGACGAAGUUGUCAGGAUUUCAGACAGAUUAUUCUCGAGAGAGGUGUUCUGUCGGGAACGAAUGGAAGUUGUCGUGUUCAAUUAGGACAGACUACCGACGUUUUGGCUGGAAUCAAACUCGAACUAGAAUCAUACGAUGCUGAAACAGAAAAAGAGCCAAAACAACCAAUUAAUUUCAACGUGGAUUUCUCAGCCAACGCGAGCAGUCAAUUCGCUGGAAAAGGAGGCGACGAAUACGCAGAGGAACUAUCGGCAGCAUUUCAAGCGGCUUAUUCAAAAGCACUCGAUAUUAUGCCGAAUCUCGCGAAAACUCAGCUGGCCGACGGAUAUCGCUGGAAAAUUAAUGUGGACAUUUCGGUUCUUCAGUGGGACGGAAGUGUUUCCGAUGCGAUUUCUAUUGCAAUCAUCGGAGCAUUGAGUGAUUUAGAGUUUCCAGAAGGUGACGUUGCACCAGAUGAUGGAGGAAAAGUGAGAAUUGUGUUGAAACGGCCGAAAGUUGCUGGAAAUGUUCGAGAUGAGAAUGUGCAAGUUGCAAUGUGGAAAUUGGAUGUGAUGAGAUGUCCACUGCUGCUGACAAUCUCAAAAAUUGGCACUGCUAAUCUUGUCGACUGCACACCCGAAGAAGAAUGCUGCAUUCGAUCUCAAUUGCUCGUUGGAUUGGCGGCGAUUGCAGACUCUUCUGAAAAUAACGAGCCAAAUUAUGAUGUAACGUGUGUGAAACAAGUUGGCGGUGGACUUUUGGAGAUGGAAUCGAUUCAGGAAAUGCUGGAAUUGGCUGCGAAAUCUGUUGGUGGAUUGUAUGGAGCUCUGGCAAAACGAUUGAAAAAUGAAGAAAUGAGGAAACCGGGACACUCUUUCUUGCUCUAAAUUUAUGGAAUUUAUUCAAUUUGUUGAUUUUUUUUUGAAUUGUUACCUCUUAUCGUUAUCUCGUUUUUUUUCUCACUUGAACAAAAAAAUUCAUUUUUACAAAU